AUGCAGUGUUUCAGUGACGUAAUAAGUGUGAAACCUUUAGGAACGAGCGCGGAAUCCGAAGGAAUAGUAACAAUGGAUACCAAAACUCCGAUCUCGGGACAAGAAUGGCACAUCCCACGGCCGUCUCUGACCAGCAGCAGCACGCAGGGCAGUGUGGAUGCCCGAUCGCGUGGCGGCUCUGCGUCCAGUCAAGGCUCUUCGAGCAAUCACAGCACGCACAGCGUGUCAUCGGGUUCGUUGCUGUUAAGUGCGGCGCAUUUGGCGCGCAUGAGCGGCAGGGCCGCUGGGCGGGACGAGCGCGGCUCGUGUCAAGGCAAAACGGGCUACAGCCAUAAAGUCACGAUGACCAGCACCGUGAUGUCGAUACCGGAGGAGUCACGCGAGGUGGCCGACAAGUUUUGGACGGACGUGAAAAGGGGCCCAGGGGCCAAGCAGGACGCGGCUUCGGUCGCUAGCUCCACACACUUCACCGUCGUCAACGGCUUCACCAAGCAACGAACCGAGAAGGAACCCAAAUCCUGCUGCUGCAACCACUCCCACCAGAUAACCGUACUAGUCAUAUCGAUGACUAUACUGCUCUCGGCGUGCAUAUUGGCGGCGAUAUGUUUUGUGGAAAUGAGAAUGCGCAAGGAGACUGGCAUCUACAAGUAUUCC